AUGGGCGCAAGUUACUCGGCCCCCCUCGGCCCUUCCACGCCCUAUCGCAUCCUCGCCAGACAACCCGUCGGCACUGUACUAGAAGUCCGCUGUGCACCUCUCGAGCCGGUCCUCACCACCCCCACCCCUCCACCCACCCCACGUCGCUCAAUACCCAUCCCGCACGAGCUCACGCUUGUCCCCCUCUUUGACACGUUCUUCGACCUAGUGGACGCGCACGAGGCUGGCGGAAUCGAAACUCCCACCCCCGCCCCGCUGCUUGCCAGCGUGCACGAGCUGGUUCAAUGCAUUACCAGCAGCGAGUCUAGUCCACCCGAGACGUGGGCGCUUGCAAGGGAGUGGCGCGACACAGUGCGCGCAGCCCACUUUGCAGCAAAUUCAAAUCCCAAUCCGCCUCAACAAGAGACUGAAGCUAAAGGCCAUCCCACUACGACCGUAAGAAGACUGUCCCGCGCAGCUCAGGACCUCGAGAAGGCGCUUGCGUCCAACGACAAGGCCAUGGCUGUUGACGAGAAGAGGCUUCUGGUGCUCGAUGUUGGUCAAUGA